AUGUUGCACAAUUUCCAGCGUGAGCCUCCCCGAGGGGGCACAAUGCUGGAACCUGGCCUUCCAACCAUCCAUCCGUCUUUCAUACAAGUGGCCAAUCCGUACAUAUUCGAGCAAACUGUUGAGAAUUGCAUUGCUUCAAUGGGUGUCAACCCCCUUCGUGAGACUUCGCUACGUCUUCAGGGCGUGGCGUGGCUUGACGGGGUGCGGAGAGCUCUGAACCUGCCUAUUCGUACGUUUGAUACGGCCGUGGGGUACUAUCACCGAUUCCGUUUGGUGCAUCCAGACAACGAGUACAACUUCUCAGAUGCAGCGGCUGCGGCUCUAUUCACAGCAUGCAAAAUUGAAGACACGCUCAAAAAGUCGCGAGACAUCGUCUGCGCAGCGUACAACCUGAAAGUAUCACCUUCUGAGCAUUUAUCAGCUGACGACCCUUCCCAGAUGUUUGAAGGCCUUGCGCGAGGCAUCAUAGGUCUUGAACGACUGAUGCUAGAGGCCUCUGGCUUCGACUUCCGCACCCGCCACCCUCAAAAGACCCUCAUGAAGCUCGGUCGACACUACGGCCUACCUCGCGAUUCAGAGGUAGCAAACCUAGCCUACCGAAUCUCAACAGAUCUCUACCGCACAUUUGCACCAAUCAAGCAAGGAUCAUCAGCCAUGGCCUUCGGCUGCCUAGAACUUGCAGGGCGACUCCUGGACCAGCGUGUCCAGCAAGUCGAGUCCGGAGCAGACUAUUCCCAGUGGAACACGACCCGCGCAGAAGUAAUGGGUAAGGAAUCAUCAUUCCAAUCAGAAACAUCAACACUAACAACGCCAGAAACCCUCUUCGACCUCCUAGAACUGUACACACACCACCGCUCGCAAACAAGCGUCGGCUCCGAAUUCCCCGCGGACAGAUUCCUAACCGUCCGCAUUCCACUCAACCAAGAAGCCAGCGAGCAGCAUAUCCCGCGGUACGCAAUUUGGGUCGGCCAGCCUCAAAAGCCGAGCAAUGGCAGUGGAGACCACGUACAGGAACCUCGUCCCACUCAUCCGCUCACGCCCAUUGCCGCGAAUGGCGAGAGCCAGAGGACCGGUGAGCGGGGCCGGGAUGCUGCUGUGCGGUUCAUGCUUGAUCCUGCUUGUGCGGAUGAUGAGAGGAGGCAGGUUGAGCCAUACUUUAAUGUUGAAAUGGAGGAGUAUGAAGUUGAGCAAUGA